AUGGAGAACAACCUUUCUGCCGCCCGAGCAUCUCGGCGCCACCUCGAAGAGCGCCUUCGCAACGACUGGGAGUACCCCGACGUGCCCGCAGUAUGGUCCGCCUCAGACGAGGAAGUGCGCGACGCUGCCGAUUUCCGCGAGCGCUACUAUGGCGAGUCUGAAUCUGGCGACUCGGAUCACGACGACGAGGAGGGCACCGGCCCAUACAGAUUCGACAACCCAGAGAGCAUUGGCGAUGCAGUAGCAAGCACCAGAGAGGCGCGCAGGAGGCGUCGCAAAGAGAGGCUCGAGCGCGAAAUGAAAGACAACGAGGGCCUGCGCAUCUGGGUGCAGCGACGAGAUGUGUGGACAGGCGCAGCGAGCGUCAAGAAGUACGGCACGAAUCGACACACGGGCUACUCGUCUGAAGAGCACGCCGUCACCCCCACGGGCUCCGAGGCGCAUUCCAUCUCCAGCGCCACGCCCGACACGUUUGACCUCGUCCCCGUCGCCGCGCCCCUCCUCGCCGACAACCCAAUCCGCGCAUCCAUCACGCCCAAAGCCUACAAGGACAUCUUCCAGAAAAUCGUAGUCUCGUCGCGCACGCCCUCGGUCCCCAUCAACCUCGCAGACAUGACUAAGGCGCUGGUGCAAGGCUGGAAGGACACGGACGAAUGGCCUCCGCGGGUUGGACCGCCCGAGCCUCUUGCUGGUAAGAAGCGUUCUGUCACUGGCGCUGCAUCGAAUGGACACCACGGUGGCUUCAUUGCGCGACAUCCUCAUCUAGAGAAGAGCGUCGACGGCAUGAAACGCAUUCUACAUCUCAACGGGCAUCAUGAGCACGGGCAUGGGGAGAGCAAGGCUGAGGGUUGA